AAAUCACGUCGUAUUAAAAUGAUAUAAAAUUGGUUUUUAUGAUAUUUCUCCACUUUGUAACAUGAAACCCACUUCACUUCCUUUCGCUAUGAACUGCAGUCUGUGGUGUAUUUAAUACUAUUUUAAUACGCAUGUGCGUAGUCAUUUACCAUAACAGAGUAUUUCUUGUUUGUGUGUUUGGAAGCUAAAAAAAUGAACGUCCAAAAGUUUCCAGUCAACUGGUAAUAACAGACAUCAUGGGUGAAGUGCUUCAAAAAAACUUUGUAUUUGCCUUCAGUAACCAGGGUACCAAGAGCACCCUGAAAGUACCCAUCCCAAUUCCAUUGGAUACCACAGCUGAGAGCUUAGCUGGCAGACUUAUUGCAGCACAUAACAUACCUUGUUAUGUAGAAGCAGAUUUGUUGAAAAAAUUAAAAGAAUUUUUGGCGGAGGAAACUGAAAAGUGGCAAGAUGAAUUUGCUGAAGCUGCUGUCAAAAAACUUAGAAGUGGAAGUGUGUCUGUUGAAGAACUUGCAAGGCAAUGGACAAAGGCUUAUACCAAGGAAAUCAAGCAGUAUUCACCUCCUGAGGAGACGAGUGAUGAAGUGAUCUUCUCUGAGGUGUACCAUGCCUUGAUCCACUCUGAUGCCCUAGAAACCCUGUUCAAUCUGGAGCACCAGUACUCCAUUGCUGUGGAAGAGAUCAUUGGGUCACGAAAUUGGGAAUUGGAAACCACAGAGAAGAAGCAUGGCAAAGAAAUGGAACAAGCUCUGCAAGAUGUGAGGUUGCACACUGAUGAGCAUGUCAAUAUUCUAGCGCAGAAGCACUUUGAAAAAAGUCAGGAACUAGAAGUGAAAUGGAACAAAGAACUCAAAGAGCUGCAGAAUCAACAAAAAAGGGAAUACAGAGAGUGGGUCAUGAAAGUGUAUGAAGACUCUUCAAAAAGACUAGAGGGAACACCUGCAUAUGUACAAAAGGUACGAGCUUUGUCCAGAUCAAGUAGUGACAGAAGCAGCCUCACACAGACAGAUGUUGGUCCCAUGCCUCCAGAACCAAGACUGGAAGAGAGUUUUACAGUUCACUUGGGUGCUCAGUUGAAAACCAUGCAUAACUUACGCUUGCUUUGUGCUGAUGUUUUGGACCUGUGCAGGCACAGAAUCAGCAAUUUAGGUGGACUUAUUGUACCUCAGCCUCAGAGGCUUCAGACUGCCAUGUCUCUGUAUUCAAACAAUCUGUGUGGUCUGAUUCUACUGGUAGACAAUAGGCUCAACUUUUACACAGGCAUCAAGAGAGACUUUGCCAGAAUCUGUGAAAAUUCUACAGACUUUCACUUUCCUGAUCUUGAAAGUCAGUUCCAGCAUGUAGAGGAAAGUGUAAUAGAAGCAAAUAAGUGGCGAGCAGAGAGAAAACUGAAUGAAGAUGGAGACCGUAUAAGUGUGAAGAGUUCAAGCAGUGGGUCCAGUGAAACACAGGGCGAAGAAAAACUGAAAAGAAUGCAAAAUGGAGAUUUUUAUAUCACAAAGCACUCCAACUUGUCUGAGGUGCAUGUUGUGUUUCACUUGGUUAGUGAUGAUUCAGUAAAGAAUGGAGACAUCUCAUCGCGACACCCUUUGAUCCUUGCCAUAAGGAACGUAUUAAAAGUUUGCUCAAGAAAUGAUGUGACCACUUUAACCAUCCCAUUGUUGCUGGCUCAUGAAAUGUCAGAGGAAAUGACAAUUCCCUGGUGUAUGAAAAGAGCAGAGCUUGUGUUUAAAUGUGUUAAAGGCUUCAUGAUGGAAAUGGCCACAUGGGGAGACUCUGGUUCAAAGACAAUACAGUUCUUAGUACCCAAAGAACUAUCAGAGGACAUGUUCCAUGCCUUCAGCAACAUGCUACCACAGAUAUUUCGUGUUAACAACCCUCUGGUGAUCAAGUCAUCCUAGUGUCGCAGACAGGAAACAAUAAAAUAAAUGGCAUUCAAUUUGAUGCAUGUGCUUUCAAAACUAGCAGCAGUUAACUUUGUUGGCACUGCACAUAAAAUUUACCUGCUUGAAAAAAAAAUUCAUCAAAAUUAUUUUUACCUUCUGUUAAAAGGUCUACAGAAUGACUUCACUUGUAACAAAACCAGUUUAAGCAUGCAGUGCAAUUAUUUUUUUUAAUUGACAAAUGGGGCAUCUGCGUUUUGAAAGAUGAAGGAAUGGUUAAUAUUACCAAGUUAUUUGUGCUUUCACCAUCAUACAACGGCAAGCAGUUGUGGUGAACAUGAUAAACUGUUAAGGAGUGCUUGCUGUUCAUUGUUUUGUUUUUUUUUUGGGGGG